AUGGGCGUUGUCAAUCGGCUAUCACCGAUUGACAACGCCCCUUCAUCGCCGACUAUGUUCUCGGUCACCGAUCAAGAAAAGCCGAUGCCCGUGGUCUUUCAUCGGCUAAACAUCGUUCCCGGAGGAGCAAAGAUGACGUCAUCGGAUCCACCAGGGGCGCUAACGGAUGCAUCUGUCAACGGGACUAUAAAACGGCUCUUCAGCGCGGCACUCGACAGUGGGCAUGGCGGCGAUGCCAUGAUGCGGUCCUCAAACCCGAUCAUGUUUUUCGUACAGGUGAGCAAACGAUACAGAAAGUGUUACCGUAGCAAUAACGUUUGCUUAUUCGUGCUGCCAUGCCCAUGGUCAAUGUGCGAAGUGCUUACUAACGUGACUAGUUCUCUUCGCUUCCUAUUGUUACUUAGUGGCGACGUCGAAAGUAACCCAGGGCCUACAGAUGGCGAUUGGUCAAAGCAACUAAAGGCAAUCGCGGACGACAUAAAGGAAAUCAAGAAAGAAAAAUCCGUCACAAAUCAGAAACUAACUGCAAUCGAUAAGAAACUUGAAAAAAUUAGUGGACUGGAAAAGCAGGUUUCUGACUGCGUAAAACGAAUAGCGGAACUAGAAAACAACAUCAAAGGCAUGAACAGGAAAAUCGAAGAACUAGAGAACAGAAGUCGGAGGUCAAACCUGAUUGUGUACGGAGUUGAGGAACAACAAAACGAGUCCUUUCAAAAGCUUCAUGACUUCGUAUCAAAGGAAAUAUUUGAAGAUACACUAGACAUAAAGACUGCAGGUAUUGAACGUAUCCACCGACUUGGUAGAACUAGAGAAGGCGAACCAAAAAACAGGCCAAUAAUUCUUAAGUUGCUUGAUUAUCGCGACAAAGUUAAAAUACUCCAGUCUUGUUCCAAACUGAAAGGGAGUGGUUUUUCAAUAAGCGAGGAUUACUCGUUUGGCGUGCGUGAAACUAGAAGAAAACUGUGGAAUGUCACGAAAGAAAACCGCGAUAGAGGGGAGAGGGUAAGGCUUAUUUUUGACAAAGUUCAGAUAAACGGUCGUCUUUUUACUUGGGAUGAAGGCAGUAAAAAUAUCGAAGUAAAAAAAAAACGAAGAGCAACUAUCAACGGCGCAGUCUACUCGACGACAACGCCCAUAACCCUUCUAAAUGUUAACGCGCGAAGUCUUGCGAAUAAGGUAGAACAAUUUGAAGCUGUUUUAUUGGCUCUAAAACCUGAUAUUGUAACUGUGAGUGAAACGUGGCUACAUUCAAAUAUAUGUGACCAUGAAAUCGUGCCACCGAGUUAG